AUGGAGCCAAGAACGCCGUCGCAAUCUCCAAGGCAGAGCAGCUACGUCGUUGACAUCGAAAAGGCAGACGACGCCUUCGGAGAAGCAAACCGCCAAACAUCAUCAUCAGCCCAUACAACCCCCUUCACCUCACCCAGAGCCCCAUUCGUUUCUCCAGGGUCCGCUGCUGCCGGUCCCCUAAUCGGCCUCAAAAACCUCAUCGAACGUAACCCUGCCACCGUCGUCAGUGGACGCUACUCCAUCAACCUGCGCCAGCUGUUUGUCCUGCUCCUGAUUCUUAUGGGCCUGACAACAAUGUGGUUCAUCGUCAACCCAGCAGAGAGUUUCGGAGGAGAAGGAGAACCUGAAUCGCUCGUUCAGAGCGCUGUUGGAGUCUCUGAUCAGAGCCGUGUUGCGCGCGACCCCCAUCACCCUCAUGCCAAACCCCACGUUCCUAGCCCUAUUGUUCUCGAGGCCUCUCACGGAUUGACUGGCUCUGCCAAGUACAGGUUCGAGCGAAUCCGCGGCAAGGGCGCCAGGACAAGCUUGAAAAAGAUCCAGUUCCAGUUCCCUGCAGAGACAGAGAAGGCUCGAUUGGAGCGUGAAGCUCGCUUGAAGGCGGUCAGGGAUGGAUUCGAGCACGCCUGGAAGGGAUACAAGACACACGCCUGGGGACACGAUGAGGUUCUCCCUGUCAGCGGAGGAUUCAAGGACAACUUCAACGGCUGGGGCGCAACAAUGAUCGACAGUUUGGACACCCUUGUCAUCAUGGGGUUCAACGACGAGUUCGACGAGGCGCUGGAAUGGGUCAAGACAAAGUUCAGUAUGACCAGGAACCCUACCGACCAGGUCCAAUUCUUCGAGACCAUCAUCCGCUACCUGGGAGGAUUCCUCAGUACCUACGACUUGACCGGAGAGAAGGUUCUGCUGGACAAGGCAGAGGAGCUCGGAGGCUAUAUGCUGAAUGCCUUCCAGGGAAAGAACUUUCCCAAUGGCCGCGUGGCUGUCCAGGCUACUGCCAACAUGCCUGGCUACAACUUUGUCGUUGCCGAAAUUGGAACUAUCCAGCUCGAGUUCUCUCGGCUGUCGCAACUUUCUGGAAAGCCCAUUUACGAUGAGAAGGCCCGAAAAAUCUUCGAAGUUUUGGGAUCGGCCACCUCGGAGCUGCCUGGACUCGUCCCUGCCUAUGUACAAGAUGCCGAAGGUCGCCACUACUCCAACUUCAAGGCUGCCGUCGGUGGCAUGGUUGACAGUUACUACGAGUACCUUCUCAAGGAAUGGAUCCUGCUGGAUGGAAAGGUUCCCAAGUUCAGAGAGAUGUUCGAGCAUGCUGCUGACUCUAUCAAGAAAUACAUGGUGAUGCGGCCAGAAAACGGGUCCCAGGAGUAUGCGAUUUUGGGCCAGGUCUACUCUGUUAACAAGAAGAUCGAACCUGACAUGGAGCAUCUUGCUUGUUUUAUGUCUGGUUCGUUUGCUAUGGGCGCUAAAUACUUUGAUCGCCCUGACGACCUUGUUCUGGCUAGACAGAUUGCUCAAGGAUGCUACCUCGGAUACCGUCACUCUGGAACAGGAUUGGGACCCGAAGCCACUCAGUUCACCAGCUCGACGUAUCCUGGCAAGUUUAUUCCCGACGCUGACAAGUUUUUCAACCCCCUCCUCAGUCGUAAGGAUUACAUUCUCAGACCAGAAACGAUUGAGAGUCUGUGGAUUUUGUACCGUCUCACUGGUGAGAAAAAGUACCAGGAUCAAGCAUGGGAAAUCUUCCAGUCACUUGAGAAGAGUUGCCGUACCCCUAUUGCCUACUCUGGACUUCGGGACGUUACCAGUCCCGGCUCGCAUGAUAAUAGGAUGGAGAGUUUCUUUAUGGCAGAGACGAUGAAGUACUUGUACCUGAUGUUUUCGACUCCCGAUGUGAUCUCGCUGGACGACUUUGUCCUCAACACCGAGGCACAUCCCAUUAUCAGAAUUUAG